UCUGCUAAAAAAUGAAAAAUUAUUUGCAUUAAUUUUGUUCGAACUCUUUAUCGAUGUGGAAGAUUUUAAGAAAUAGCAAAUUUGAUUUUAAUGUACUGAUAUAACCUGCAUUUGUUACUGAGGAUGAUCAAGUUAAUAUUUUUGGUAUUAUGGAUUCCUAGUAUAUUGUGCGUCAAGCCAAAAUGGAAUAAUGCAUAUGGAGAGAAAUGUGAUCAAAUAUUCUACAAAUGGAUGCUCAAGUCAGCCAAGAAAAACAUUCCAGUGUGUAGUCGUAAAUCCAGUUUGUAUGGUAAUGUGGACCUGAGGGAAAAUAUUAAACCAUCUGUUUUUCGUGAUUUAACGAAAAAGGAAAUAGAAGGUCUGCUAGAUUACCUUUAUAACCGAUCAAAUUUAAACCUUACUAUCGCAGAUAAAGCAGCAAUUAAUACGAACUAUAUUUUCAUUUCUGAAGUAUUUUUGCCACCGAAAAGAGACGUUUUGAAGCAUUUAAAUAAAGGUUGUGUUCAGCCUACACGGGAGGCCCGUGUGAUGAUUUUUCGAGGCGCCUUCUCCAUUCCAGAUGUAAUAGAAAUAGUUGUAAGUCCUUUGCCAAACCCGACUGGUUAUCGUCAUGUUCCUUACCGACCGAAGUCUAUUCCAUUUAUUGAUCGCCCUAUUGACGUUUUUGAUUUGAGUAUCACGCCAUUGCUUGAAAAAAUUGAUAAAGUUGCAGGAAAAAUGCUUUAUGAAUUAUAUGGUGGUCGUUUAAUUAAUUGUAGCGAUCGAUGCUUGUCUUUCAAUGUCAAUAGUCAACUGACAACUCCGCUGUCUGGUGUCAGGAAACGUUUAUGGUUUAGUUGGUUGCAACAAUUCACGGAACAUUUUUUGUUACGGCCCUUAGAUUUUGCAGUCCUCAGAGAAGUAGAUAAUAACGGUAACGAUGCUUUAAUCAAGAUUUGGUUUGAUGGAUCAUUAUUCAAUAGCUUAGAACAAACAGUUGCGUACUACUAUACAUACAAGGCAUAUAUCAUUAAGGUCCCUUUUCCAACAAGCGAUAAGAAAGGUGAUCGGACUGUAAAUUCAAGAGGCAAACCAUCCUUUAAAAACCCUCUUAAAGACCCAUCACAAGUAUCUCCAGACGGGAUACGAUACAAUAUCGACGACAGACAUGUUUCAUAUACGUACUGGGAGUUUGAUGUUGGGAUGUCGGUAUUCUACGGACCACGAUUAAAUGAUAUUCGCUACAAAGGUGACCGUAUUGCUUAUGAAAUAAGUCUUCAAGAACUUGCCACUUUUUAUUCCGGAGAUAAACCACAGGAACAUGUACUUAAUUUCUUAGAUACUACCUGGAAGAUUGGUGCUUUAGCAAAAUAUUUACAUCCUGGUAUUGAUUGUCCAAAUGAUGCAACUUUUAUAAGUUCCUCUUUUAAAGUUGACACACAAGAUAAACCUUUGAUUAAUGAGCGUGCUUUUUGUAUAUUUGAGUUCAAUACUGGGAUGCCUCUCCGUCGCCAUAACGGUUACUUUAAGUAUCUCCAUCGAUUUUACGAAGGAGUUACAAAUGUGGCGUUGAUCGUCAGAACAAUUCCUACGAUUGGCAUUUAUGAUUAUGUCAUAGAUUUUAUUUUUUUUCAAAAUGGCGUCAUAGAAGUAAAAAUAACACCCACAGGAAUAGUGACAAGCUCAUGGCAUGAACAUGACAACCCGUACAGUUUUCAAGUUGAUAACAAUUUAAUGUCGCCAUUACACCAACAUCUGUUUAAUUUAAAAAUGGACCUUGAUAUUAAAGGUACAAGUAACAGAUUCGAAACCAUCGACAUAGAACCGGAUGUUGUUGAUAACGUAUGCCACAAAAAUCGAGGGGCUAAAAUUGUUCAAAACAGAUUCAUCAAAAGAUUGAAACAGACGGAACUUCAGGCGGCUUACAAAUUCAAUUUCGAUUAUCCGAAGUUGCUUACCUUUGUCAACAAUAAUAAAAAGGACAAAUUCGGAAAUUCACCAGGAUACAAAUUGUUAAAUAAAGGUAUGACUAAGGUGAUCAGACCGCCAAAUGACGGAAACAACCCAGCCGUAAGCUGGUCCCAGUACCAAGUCGCAGUCACAAAAUACAAGGACAGUGAACCAUACUCUAGCUCUGUAUAUACCCAUUCAGAUAAUCCUGUAUUUACUUUUCAAGAAUUUAUCGAUGACAAUGAGAAGAUUGUAGACGAGGAUCUUGUUGCAUGGGUUACAAUGGGUAUGCAUCAUGUUGUACAGAAAGAGGAUAUACCUGUCACACACACACCGGGUCAAUCGCACAGUACAUUCUUGAUACCAUUUAAUUACUUUGAUGAGAGUCCUGGCAUGUCGGCGGGAAAUGCAGUACGCUUAGAUCCAGUAGAUCUUAAUGACAAGACUAAGAUGGUGAAAAUCGACCGACUUGGAACCAAAAGUGAUGUUGACUGUAUCCCUAAAAAAACUUAUUACGAUGCAACAUUGAAAAAAAAUCCUUGUCUUGCUAUUGAGUGUUUAUAACCUUAUAUAUAUAACGAAUAAAUGAAUAAUGUUUCA